CGCACGUCACAUGCUGAGACGACACGACCCGUCGCGACGGCAGCGCUGCGGUGGGACAGGGGCGCGUGGCCGGGACGGGACCCCCCCCGGGGCUGUGGGGCAGGGGGGAACGGCGGCUGAGGGGCAGCACAGGAGGAUGCUGGUGGCUGGAGGAUGGAGGAGGCGGUGGUGAAGCAGGGCGUGCUCUACCUCCAGCUGCAGCAGACCUUCGGGAAGAAAUGGAAGAAGUUCUGGGGCAUCUUGUACCGGGAAAGCUCCUGCUCCACCGCCCGCCUGGAGCUCUUCGAGGGCUCGGUGCCGCCGGCCGCCGAGAAGCUGCGGAAAGGGGAGGGCAGCAAGCGGCUGGUCAAGCUGAGCGACUGCGUGCACGUGGCGGAGGCCAGCGGCGACGCCGCCUGCCCCAAGGAGACCGUCCCCUUCCUGCUGGAGACCACCGACAAGCGGUACCUCCUGGCCGCUGAGGGCACGGAGGAGGCCGACUGGAUCCAGAAGCUGUGCGAGCUGGCUUUCCCGAGGAGCAGGGAGGAGCUGGCGGCAGGCAAGGAUGGCCAGCAGAGCUCGCAGGGCACCGACAGCGAGUUCUCCAUGGAGGAAAACUCCCUCUACAGCUCCCGGGACAAAGCCGGCUUGGAGCAGGCGUUCAAGGUGAUGGUGAGGGCCACCGAGUCCUCCGAGCGCUGCCGGCUCUGGGGACGGUGCAUCCUGCGAGCCGGGGAGGAAGCGCUGGAGCUGCUGGAUUUACAGACCUUGGAGAUCAUCUACAGCUGGCCCUACCGCUUCCUGCGCCGCUUCGGGCGGGAUAAGGUGACCUUCUCCUUUGAGGCUGGCCGGCGCUGCGCAUCCGGAGAAGGCAACUUUGAGUUUGAGACCAGGCAAGGCAACGAGAUCUUCCAGGCCAUCGAGUCGGCCAUCAACGUGCAUCGGGGACGGGUGGCCGAGGAGCUGUGGCGAGGUGGCCCCGGGGACGAAGUCCCCCGCCCCCUUGGUCACGCCAAGAUGCCCAGCUGGGCUCAAGGGCAUGAGGAGCCCGGUGGCACUAAGCCGGAGCCCACCUGGGAAGGGAAGGGGCCAAAAGCCAAGCCGGCGAUGCCCCCCAGCAGCUGCCCUGGGGCCGGGGAGCCAUCGGGCACCUUCCUGCCCUCCCGCGGUGCCGAUUGCCCCUACGCCGAGCCCUGCAACUCCCUCCACCGGGGGAACCCCCCGGUGCUGGAGAAGGGUUGGAAGCAGGAUGCUCCGGCCAAGGCGGCCGCCGAAUCCGAGUACGCCGUCCCCUUCGACACCAUCGCCAAGGCCUUCGUGGCUGGCAAGUUCGGCAGCUUGGCCCGUCGCCCCGGGGAGGUCCCCGACCCCUUCUACGACAGCAUCGGGGCGGCGGGGGGGCAAGCGGGCCAGCAGCCCCCUCCGCGCCGCGCCGCCGCCGCCGCCAAGCCCGACCACAUCUACGACGAGCCCGAGGGUCUGUCCUCCCACACCGUCUACGACGAGCCCGAGGAGGUGAAGGGGGAGGCGUGGAGGCUGCAGGCGGCCUCGGAGGAGCCCCCCGGGCACGAGUACCCCUACAACCCGCAGCGGGAUGACUACGCGGUGCCCAAGAGACCCGUCCCUCUGCGGCAGCCCUUCCUGCUGCAGGGCAAGGAGUGGCUGGGGGACACCGAGUAUGACAACGUGGCCCUCAAGCUUGCGAAGAAGAGGAACCUGCAGUGAGCGGGACGGGGAAGGACAGGAGAGGACAUCCCGCGGCUGCCCUUUCCCCCCCGGCCCCCCCCAGCCCGCCGUCUCCCCCCGGCAGGAGCUGAGACCCCCCCCCAGCUCAUCGCACCCAUGGCUGGAGGGGGACGGGGCAUCCCUCCGGAGCGGCGGGGCACAUCUGGCCAGCUGCGGGGCCGGCAGCCGGGAUGCGCCCGCUGGAGGGCACUGUCCGCCCGCCGUACGGGCAGGGCAGGCGGCGGGACGCCCCCCCUCUCCCCGCAGCCCCUCCGCCGCUCCGCUCCGGCCUUCCCAGCACCCCCAGGCUCCCCCCCGCAGCACCCCGCGGACCACACCACAAGCCCUCCCCGCUUCUUGCCCGGCCAAACCUCGGGAAGCCCAGCUCUGCGCGCUGCCGAAGCCCAAUGGGCAUCCCUAGGGAUGCACGUCCCACAGCGCGAGAUGCAGCCGGACGGUGCUCAGCCCACGCUGGCGGGUGACGCGCACCCCCAGGGAUGAACAUCCCACACCCCAAAAUGCAGCUGGACGAUGCAUGGCCCUGGGAUGCUCAGCCCAUGCUGGUCGGUGAUGCACACCCGAGGGGAUGCACAUCCCAUACCGUGAAGGCAGCCAGACGAUGCACAGCCCUGGGAUGCUCAGCCCACCUUGGCUGGUGACACACCCCCCCAGGGAUCCAAAUCCCACACCCCAGGAUGCAGCCGGGAAAUGCACGGCCCUGGGAUGCUCAUCUCAUGCUGGUUGGUGAUGCACACCCCAGAGGAUGCACAUCCCGUGCCGUGAGCGCAGCCAGACGAUGCACAACCCUGGGAUGCUCAGUCCAUGCUGGUUGGUGACGCACCCCCCCAGGGAUCCAAAUCCCACACCCCAGGAUGCAGCCGGAUGAUGCGUGGCCCCGGGAUGCUCAACUCACAGUUGUCGGUGGUGCACAUCCCCAGAGAUGCAUACCCCAUACCGUGAAUGCAGACGGAAAAUGCACGGCCCUGGGAUGCUCGGCCCACCCUGGUUGGUGACGCACACCCCCCGGGGAGUCAACUCCCACACCCCGAGACACAGCUGGACGAUGCACAGCCCUGGGGUGCUCAGCCCGUAUCGGCUGGUGAUGCACAACCCCAGGGAUUCGUACCCCACACCCCAAGAUGCAGCUGGACGAUGCACAGCCCUGGGGUGCUCAGCCCAUGCCGCAAGGGCUGGCUGGCGAUGCACACCCCAUGGAUUCACACCCCAUGGAUCCAGGACACACACCCCAUGGAUGCGCACCCCACGGAUGCACGAUGCACACCCCAUGGAUGCGCACCCAUGGAUGCAGGAUGCACACCCCACGGAUUCACACCCCAUGGAUGCAGGACACACACCCCGUGGAUGCGCACCCCACACUCAAAGGGUGUUCAGCUCACACAGCAAACACCUGCCGCCUGCAGAUCUCUCUUUGCCCACACCGGUCUUCGCCCGCUCAGCCCUUGCCAGGAUGGCACCAUGGCCACACGCAGCCCCCCCGGGACGCGCCUGUUCCCGGCCCCCCCAGCAGCCAGUGUCACAGCCGGGGCUGGGCACCGAGCCUGUCCGAACGAAGGUCACGCCACAUCCUCGCUCAGCAAGAACAGCGGCAUAAAUUUCUACUGUCUCAGCCACGUUCUUAUUUUUAAUUUUUUUUUUUUUUUUUUUUUUUUUUUUUUUUUUUU